AUGGGUAAAGUUGGUAGCUGGUUAAAUGAGGUUUUCAAGAGCAUCACACGCAACAAAGAUACAGAAACUUUGGCAAGUGAAUUCAAGCUCAGGAUGAAGGAGUUGUCACUUCCCUUCAAAUCUUAUUCCUAUGAUGAAAAAAUGUUUGAUGACCAUAAUAAAGUUGACAUCCAAUCUACUGAUUUUCCAAUUUGGAUGGCUGCACAGAAAGCAGUAGCUCGCUAUGAAGGAAUUCUCUCAGAAGUUGGGCCUCGAGAGAGGCUCUUAAGGAAAUUUCUGGCAUGGGCUGGCCUAUUACCGUCAACUCCUGAGCAAGCAUUUGACCUUGACACACACACUGCUAGUUCUGAAUCCAACUUGAGUCCAAGCUUCUUGUCAAGGAUAUCACUUAGUGACAUAUGGAAACCUGCAUCACCUACAUCUUGUGGAAAUGACUUCCGAACCAUGUUAAGAAAUGCCUUUUCAAUUCUCUUCUCCCAAUCUAUUCUGCAGGAGCCAGCCUUCCAAGAGUUAAUCUUGCUUUAUACUGAAGAAAAUGGACAAAGAGAACGAUUUGAUCAAGCGGAGGUGCCUUCAUUGCAAAUGAAAAUCUAUGAGAAAAUUCCUAUUCCAGAUCUUCCGGUUGUUUUUCCUCACAAGAAGUUGUCUUUCCGAAUACUUGACACGGUACGCUUGGAUGUUGCGACAAUAUUGGGGCUUUUGGCAUACUUCUUUAGCUAUAAAUUUGAAGAUGUUCUAUCUUCACCAUCCGCAGUGCUUUUAGAUGUGAUUCCCGCUAUCGCCCUCGUGAUAUAUGUCAGUCGGGUAGUUUUGGGCUACAAACAAACAAGGGAUAGAUAUCAACUUCUGGUGAAUAAGACGCUGUACGAGAAAACAGUAGCCAGUGGCUUUGGUUCCAUCCAUUUUCUUCUUGAUGCUUCUGAACAGCAGCAAGUGAGACACCGCUAG